AGGAAAGGAUUAAAACUGCGGGGUCAAAUGUGUUUUAGAAUUCAGAAUGUAAACACCGGCAGAGCAGCGCAGUCUACACUGUAAGAAGAGUGAGUUCUAUCUCCGUUAGAAUUCGCUCUCGUCCUGGGGUUAAUCAUCUGAACCCACCAGUUCAACAUGUUUUCAACUUUCUAGAAUAGAUCGGUUGUUGAUUGUUUGAUGGUAUGGAAAUGGAUAAUUAUUAUCUAAAAUUAAUUGUAUGUUUAAUUUAAUAGAUUCUAUAAUAAGGGUAACUUACACAGGCACGGUAAUAAUAGUAUUUUCGGGGUAGGCUACUUUGACAGUUUUUUUUUCAAUUUUCAUAAAGGAAAAAGCCCAUUUUCAAAUAUUGAGCAUUUGUUAUUUUCUUCUUCAAACCUUUCAACUUCAUCUCCAAAAAUAUCAAAUAUAAUGGGAAAAUGUCCAAUUAAUGUGAAAUAAAGGAAUUUUAAGGCCGCCGCUAUUCAGACUCGAGUCCUAACAGCCACAGGAAGCUAUUCGGACUCUCGAGUCUGCUUUCGAAUCCGAAUAGAAGGCUAUUCGGACGCAAACUCCAAUGUGCGUGCGCAAUCAGGUGCACCGGGUGUGAAGCAGACAAGCAAUUCGACCUUGGUCUUCCUCGGUUUCUACGAUCUGGCCAAGGAACUUACAACAAAUGGAAUCCGGCUGUGGUGACCUAGUGCGAACUGUGGUCUUUUCUUUUCCAAGGAUAAUAAUAUAAUAGUAGGGCUGGGCAGUGGGCAACGGUAUGGGAGGGAAUGUAUAGCAUGAUCAUAAAAAAAGGGGUGAAGGAGGUGGGGCGGGCUUGGGGAAGUAAGAUGGAGAAAGAAAAAGUAAGAGAAAGAGAGAGAGGAAAAGUAAGAGAGAGAGAGAGAAAUGGGAGGGGGGGGGGGGCUGCCUUAUAAGGACUGAUUAUAGUAUUAAUUUUAUGUUUUGAUCCCUUUGUAGUCGUGAAACGCUGUGUCAUAGUAAUAGCCUACCAUUAGUUUAAAGUCCGAAUAGCAAUGGGAGACUAUUCAGACUCGAGUAUAGACCUCGCUUACAGUACAACCGCACUGGAAUUUGAGUCCGAAUGAAUAGCCUCCAGCGUCGAGUCCGAACAGCCACUUCGGAAUUUUAAACAAAAGUAGUCAAGACGAUUGUUUGGGGCUAUAAAAGCUCCUCUAUAUAUGCAUUUACAUGUUGAAUUGGUCUGUUCUGAUCUAUAGUGGCUGGUGACAAAAGUCACACACCCACUCAACACUUUCAAUAUCUGUGCUGCUUGGAAUAUCUGUUCAGCCCAGAUGAUACCACUUUGCACAAAUGUCACAAAACACACCCAGUUGUCGUCACCUUCAGCAGCACCACAUUUGUGACAAAUGUCACCUUCCUCAUCUUAGCUGGAUUCGAUUUCUCUGUUCCUUUUCUUUCCUUUGCCUUUGCUCUUUGAUUAACCUGACCUUGGCCUAUUCCUAUUGCUGCCGUCUUUGCUGACACCUUUCCCCAGUGAGACUCUCUCCAUAUCUGAAUUGCAACACCCUUGCUGACCGACCACAACCACUCGCAUUUCAAACCUUGGUUGAAGUUCCUUCAGGAAAAAGUCACGGAUUAACUUUUCCCAAGAAGGCGUUCAUGAUUUGGAACCCUCUAUUCUGGGGAAUGUGGUGUCCACAGUGAUGGGAGUAGAUGAUGCAGAACUAGUAGACAUGGCAUUGGUGGAGGCGAUGGUGUCAUCAUUGAUUCUACUGUGGUGGAAGUAGAUGGUGCAGGGCCAGGAGACGACAUUGGUGGAGACGAUGGUGCCAUCGAUUCCGCAGUGGUGGAAAAAGAUGCUGAUGACUAUGCUUUUGUGGCAGAAGGGGAUAUGGAUCGCUCAGCAGUGGAUGUAUUAGGAGAUGGAAGAGAUACUUGGGGACGAUGUUGAAAGGAAGAGGUGUCGAUUGCAUCCUUGUUGAAGGGGAAUAUAUGCCUGUUCCCUGGAAUCCCCCUUUCACUUACUCCUCAGUGAAAGAACUUUCUAAAAGAGCUUUCAGCCUGCCUGGAAAGUGUUUUUUUGAUACAGGCCCUGCAUGAGUCCUUGCAUACUUCACAAAGAGGCUUUGCCAUUUGCGCUUCACAGGGCCAAGCCUGUGCGUUUGUGAGGUAUGAUUGCAGACGGAGCAGGAUCACAUUAUUGGCCUUUCCUACCUUGACGAGUUCCUCACUGAUGUGGGAGGAAUGGCCAUCAAAUAUCAAAACUCGGGUGUGACUGGCUAAGUGUGAAGUGUUAAGACAGGGUAAUAAGCCCCUCUUUCUACUUAUAUGCUAACUUAAAUUCUCUAUAACUUAUAAGACAAAACCUUUGGGGCCACAAGCCCCAGUCUGUUGCUUCUAUAGAUAAUGCAGUUUUUUCAUGAAGCAUGAGAUGAUUCUUUGUGACUUGGAAGCCCAGCAAGCCAGCUUUGCAUAUGUCUUUAUAAUAUGCACUGGGUAUUUUAAAAAGCGUGUAUAAUGCAGUAUUUUUUUAUCGAUUGAUUGGAACUCAUUCAUAAUAUAUAUAACUUUUUUUUCAUAUUUUCAGAGCCGAGGCAGUGCGGUUUGAAUACAUAAUGAGUUAUUCCGCCCUACCUUAUUUCCCAGUGAUAAUCGAUGCUUCGCUAGGGGACUUCAAGUAUGCCGCCGACCAAUGCAUGAGAUCUCACACUAUGGGCCAGCGUGCUGAACUGGUCCAGACCUUGACCAAGAUAUGGAUGUCCGAGGCCAAUGCAAACUCUGUGCUGCCCUCACUGUCUGUGCGCUCAGGGUUUGAUCUCUUCCUGCAGGCCAAGAGGUUCCCCAGAGGGAGCGAAGUCAUAAUGUCCGCUGUCAAUAUUCCUGACAUGGGAAGGAUUGUACAGAGCCAUGGGCUUUCCAUAGUUCCUUUAGAUAUUAGCAUUGACUCUUUGGAACCUAAGAUAGAGUCUCUCCCAAGCCUGAUCUCUCCGAAGACAGUGGCUAUAGUUGUGGCUCAUUUAUGUGGGAGGUGGAUUGAUAUGGACCCUAUUAUUUCUGCAGCUCGGAUGUAUGGCUUGACUGUGGUGGAGGACUGUGCUGAAUGCUUCUGUGGUUUUGAUCAUCUGGGCCAUCCAGAGUCGGACAUUUCCCUAUUCAGCUUUGGUACCAUCAAGUUUUCUACCUCAUUUGGUGGGUGUAUAGCAAAAGUCCGUGAUUCCGAGGUCUUCCAAACCAUGAGCAGCCUUCAAAACAACUACCCGGUUCAAACUCCCAGCAUGUACCUUAAAAAAGUUCUCAAACUGGCUGUACUGUACACCUGGAUGCAAGUGAAGCCUUUUCCACAAGUUGGAAGAGAAGUUUUGUGUAGGCUAGGAGUGGACUACAAAGCCAAGUUUGUCAAGAUGAUGCGUGGGUUUCCCGACAAAAUGCUGGAGUCCAUUCGAUGCCAACCAAGUUCUGCUCUCCUGGCCACAAUGGCCUAUCGUCAUCAAAAUUUUACACGGUCAAACUUUGACUUACAGAGACUAAAAGGGGAAUACUUUCUAUCUCGACUUCCUGCUGGCUUUGAGAAAGUGGGGCACAGUGCUGAAAUCAACAAUUUCUGGCUCUUUCCAGUGCUUACUGUGAGUUUUCCCGUAUUUUAUUGGAAUUAUCAUCUUAUAAACCAUUGGGGCAAAAGACUCUUAACUAAAACACUUUACUUUUUAAAAAUUAUAUUGCAGGAUUCAGCAGCAGUGAACAAAAGAUAUCCCCAUGAGGCGAAAUACAUGAUAGACCAUGUCCUCUACUUGCCUGUGAACAAACGCGUCCCUUUCAAAGAUCUGGACAAAAUGCUGAAAGCUUGUGAGCUGGCCUUUGCCUUAUCGCGACAGCCAGAUAGAAAGUCUGGUGGAGAGCUGAAGCUGCAGCUGAAAUCUAAACUGUAGGUAUCCAACAAUGAUCAUUCAGGAACCAUUCCCUGCCCACCACCUGAGAACCCAUCAGGUUAGAGAUGGUCUCCACUAGUUCGGUAAACUGUGGUGGAUGUUGUAUAAUGUUGAAAGGUGCCAAGUUUAGUCACAUAGGUGCUGCUGAAUCAAUGUUCUUAUUGAAUGCUUCUGGUUCUUUCUAAAUGUAUUGGUUAAGAGCUGUCAUUGUCUUCUUGAGGUAGAGAUGUACUUUUUUUUUGGUUAGUGUUUGAAAUUGUGUUCCUUUUAUUAUGAACCCUGUGAAAAAACUGUUGUGUGAUAUGAACAUCAGUGUAUUUAUGAGAUCUCGGGAAGCUUCUGCCACAAGCAUUGUAACUUGUAAGCUUCCUCUAUAUUUAUUGGGUUUCCGCGAAUAAAAGCAGGAUAAAAGUAUAGCGUAGCUUUAGUGUAAAACUCUUGAGGGACUGUCUUGUCAUUUCAGUCUUUGUAGGAGAAAACUAA